AUGCCCCCCACCCCGGCGUCGGCGCCCCUCUCCCCCUCCCUCCCCGCCCUCCCGGGCCUGCACUCCCCCACCUCCCCCUCCUGGCCCACGACACACACCCCCACGUCCCCCCGCCCCCGCCCCACCCCCGUGCUCUCGUACAGCGUCACGCAGAGCCCCGAACUCGAGCCCUGCUGCGGCAACCCCCUCGGCACCAACCGCGGCCACGCAUGCUGCCCCGCGCGCUUGCCCGGCGGCGUGUGGGUGUGCCGCUUCUGCACGGGCAUCCAGCGCCCGCCGGACCAGCGGCAGGGCUCGCUGUCGCUCCCGCUGUCGCCGACGAGCGACUGCUUCGGCCUCCCGCUCCCGCCCUCGCGGCGGGGGAGCGACGAGAGCAAGUAA